CGCCAAAGUAAUUCAUAUCGCCUGACAGCAGCCGACUGAAUCAGAUCAGACUGAGGACACUUGAGGAAUGGCCUCUGAACGGGAUCAAUCCAACACAACCAGGAACCUGACCAACCAGUUCGUGCAGCCGGCGUGGCGCAUCGCGCUGUGGUCGGUGGCUUACAGCACGGUGCUGGCAGUGGCAGUUUUCGGAAACUUGAUUGUGAUAUGGAUUAUCCUGGCGCACAAGCGGAUGAGAACGGUCACCAACUAUUUCCUGCUGAACUUGGCUUUCUCCGAUGUUUCGAUGGCUGCGUUCAACACGCUCAUCAACUUCAUCUACGCGGCUCACGGAGAGUGGUACUUCGGAGAGGUGUACUGCAGGUUUCACAACUUCUUCCCGGUCACUGCGGUGUUCGCCAGCAUCUACUCCAUGACCGCGAUAUCCAUCGACAGGUACAUGGCCAUCAUCCAUCCUCUGAAGCCUCGUUUGUCGGCAAAGGCCACCACAGGAGUUAUCGUCUGUAUCUGGAGUCUAGCCGUGGUUCUGGCCUUCCCUCUCUGCUACUUCUCCACCACCCGAACUCUGCCCCGCAGGACCCUCUGCUACGUGGCCUGGCCCCGCAUGACCGACGACCCCUUCAUGUAUCAUAUCAUAGUCACAGUUCUGGUCUACGCGCUGCCCUUAGCGGUGAUGGGCAUCACUUACACCAUCGUGGGGCUGACUCUGUGGGGAGGGAAGAUCCCAGGAGACUCAUCUGAUAACUAUCAUGGACAGCUUAGAGCCAAACGCAAGGUGGUGAAGAUGAUGAUCAUCGUAGUAGUGACUUUUGCCCUCUGCUGGCUGCCUUAUCACGUCUACUUCAUUGUGACGGGUCUCAACAAGCGUCUGAGCAAAUGGAAGUACAUCCAGCAGGUUUACCUGUCAGUGCUGUGGCUGGCAAUGAGCUCCACCAUGUACAACCCUAUCAUCUACUGCUGCCUUAAUAGCAGGUUCCGGGCAGGCUUCAAGCGGGUUUUCCGCUGGUGUCCCUUUGUCCAGGUAUCAUGCUACGACGAGCUGGAGCUCCGAAACACAAGACUUCGACCGGGUCGCCAGAGCAGCAUGUGCACCCUAUCUCGGGUCGACACCAGCAUCCUCAGCAAAGACAAGAGCACUUGUUCCCAUGGACACAGGUUAAGACCCAACUCUGAGGCCCAUAAUAAAGACAGUUAGUUGUCUCCACUGGACGCAAUCCAGCUAACUUGCUGUAUUUGACAUAUUCAUUUGAGCUCAGAAAUUCAGAUUUUUUCUUUACUUAUAGGUCUGAUAAUGUUAAUUAACUGAUAGUUGUGGUGAACGUUUAGAAAUCUGGAAAUAUUGUUGAUUUUUUUUCAAUCUACACCAGAGGUUUUCAAACUGAGUCGUGCCUCCCUGAUGACUUGGCCCGUUUAUCAACAGCUACAGCAGUGGCUGUGAUAUGCAGUAAGAUCAUGGAGGUAAUUAAGGUUAACCCAAUCAACACAAAAACAUGACACAUGUAUUUUCAGUUUGAGUAUAACUUUCCAAGGAUAUUGUUAUCCCAGAUACUUUGUCAUCAUCAUCAUCAUCAUCAUAUACUUUCGUCUGCUUUUGACAUUUUGUGUACUCAUGUUAUACAUAUAUUUAAUAACAUCAGACCAUUACUCAGUGAAUUUCGUCAACUAUAACUGCAGCAUCAGUAUUACUGCUGCUCUUCCAGCGUUAAUGCCCUUAAAUCUAUUAUAGUGACCCUGAUAUUAAGUGAUCCUGGUUGAGUGUACGUUCACAAGUGCUUGCUGUUGUAAUUUCUGUUAGUUUGAAAAAAGCAUUUUGCAUUUAAAAAAAACUUGUUUGUGACUGUUCGUAGAGUACUAACAUAGUUGCUGUUUACUGUAAGUAUUCAUUUUUUGUUGCAUAUGAUAAGUAUGUACAAUAUCAUAUUCUGAUGUUUUGGUGCAGAGUCAAACACAGACACAAAUUAUAUAUAGCCUUUUAUUGUGAAUUUACAUGUAAUUGUUGUAUUAUCAUAUAGAUUAACUGUAAAAUGUAAAAACAGUUAUGUUAAAUUCACUAAACUUGAGAAGACAAGUUAAAUAAACUUAUGCAUGCCAUUUACAGAUUAAACAGUCCAUUCUUCACUCGACAAUAUAGGAUCUUAUGUAUGCGUCUACUUCUAUUGAUGCCAAUUUGCACUACAAUAUUGUCAUCAUAGCGCAUGCUGUAAUUCUGAGAAAUGUAAAAUGGUGUAACACAAGGGUAAUGUCUGAAUUCAAUAUCAAUCUUCCUCAUGGUUUUGAUUGUUUUAAUUAUCAUGAGAGGAAACAACUAUUAAUUAUUUGACCUUGUAUUAAAGACAAAUGAAAAGUUUCCAUCAUGUUUCCCUCAAACAUAUGAAAUGCCCCCAAAAAGUAUAAAAGAACAUUUUCCUCAGAAAUAUAAGCUUGCAGUAUAUAUCUGCUGAUAAGCAUAAAGCAAAUGUGUUUGAAGCCAUUAAACAACAGUCUUAUGACCGUAUUUUUUCAGCGGGCUACAAAAGUUUGCCACACCUUAUUUGGCUGCAUCGAAGCAAAACAGAUGUUUAUUGUUCGAUAGUACAAAAAAAGCAUUUUCUGUAACUCAGUGCAAUCUGAGCAGCUAUUUGUGUCCCAUUUGUUCUCAAUAGUUAAAGAAAAAAAGAGAUAAAGCCACAAGCAUCAACACAAGCCACUUGGUGGAGACAUCAGCUGGGGACCUAGAGAGAUGGAAAUC